AGUUCCGCUCAACUUCCACUCUAACAUUUGAACAGCGACGAGACUUGAAUUCGGAUUUUUCCCGCUAAGACAAGAAUAACAUGGAGAAGGUGUCAGAUCCUUGAAUGCCACUAUUUAUUUGAGAUAAGUCCCUUUCGAGCUUCUAUCCCUUCUUUUCCUCAAUAAUCGUGACUGUGAGUUUGAACUUUUUCCAACUGGAAAUACUUGGGAAGAUUGCUGUGAGUUGUUUUCAAAGAACCCAAGAAAUAUGGAUAUAAAGCGGUUUUGCAUAGAAUCGACUUUUAUCAUUCUAGUUAUUUUUACUGUUCAGACUUUAAUAGCUGGUGAAAUCUACGACGAUGAUGAAGAAGAAAGCGGGAAUUGGAAUAGGUGUCCGUGGAUCCGAAAUAAGCUGAAAAACGGAAGAGUGAAAAUCAGGUCUAGAGGUCGGAUAGCCAAGUUCCUGUGCGAGCCCGGGUAUGAACUGGCCGGGAAAAGAUUCGCCACGUGUGUUAGAGGACAAUGGAACAAUCCGCUACCUGUUUGUGUUUCUCGUGGUUGCCACAGACCCUCUCACGUUGACAAUGCACGUGUAACAUUGAUGUACAGAGGAGCUGUGCUGACGUAUGAUUGCCUCCCAGGAUACACCCUGGAUGGCGGUGCGUCCAUAUAUUGUGAUGGUAGACGAUGGAGUGCGGAACCACCAACGUGUGUGGUUUCCACAACAGAUCCUCAAACGUCCUGCGAUUUCGAAGAUCCUGAUUUGUGUGGCUGGUCGCAUGACCCAACUCAUGAUUUCGACUGGAAACGGAAUCAAUUUGCUACUCCAUCGGGUCAUGUCGGAACUGGACCUUCUUAUGAUCAUACUUUCGGUGAAGGAAAAGGAGGUUUUUAUCUCUUCAUGGAAGCUUCGGCACCUAGAAAUGUGAAUGAUACGGCAAGAUUAUUUUCUCCAGUUUAUCCAUCUGAAUACAGUGGCGGCUGUUUCAUUUUCUGGUAUCACAUGUUUGGUUCUACAACAGGAGGACUACGGAUCUAUGUGAAGCCCGAGAGUCAUGUUUUUGGAGAAUUACCACCAGCAUGGUCACUUUACGGAGAUCAGGGAAAUCACUGGUUUCGUGGAAAUGUAUCCUUACCUCACAUAUCUGAGAAUUUUCAGAUAAUCAUUGAAGGAAUCAGAGGAAGCAGUUAUAUUGGUGACACAGCAAUUGAUGAUGUUAGUUUAAACGACGGCGAUUGUGAAAGUAUUGGCAAUUCAACAGACAACACUUCUGAAACAUUUUCUGACUCCUGCCGUGGUCGCUGCAGAGAAUCUGCUAAUUCAUCUGCUUGUGGUUGUAAUGAUGACUGCGUUGCAUCACGUAGCUGUUGUUUUGAUUUUGAAUCAAUCUGCACUAAAAAUACUGAAACAGGAACAGACGAAACAAAAAAUGAAAAUUCAGCUGAUCGAACAACUAUGCCGACUACACAUGUUGCUAUAGAAACAGAAAUUGAUGUCUCGAAAUCUGUGACUACUUCAGCUCCAGAAACUCCGACACCCCAAUUUAUUCCAGAAACGACGCAGAUUCGCACUGAAACAACCACGAGUCUGGAUAAAAAUACCAGUAUAAAUGCCACACAACCAGUAAUCUUUUUUGCAACAACAUCCACAGAAAAGCCAACUUCUCCUACAACUACCAGCUCAACAAGUACCUCUACAAUUGCUACAACGACUACUACAACAUCGACAACAUCAUCAACCACUACUACUACCACCCCAUCGACAACUACCACUUCUACACUGCCAACGACAACUACAAUUACUUCUACGACAACACCAUCGACAACUACUUCUACGACAACGCCAUCGACAACUACCACUACUACAACACCAUCGACAACUACCACUACUACAACUACUCCAUCUACAACGACACUUAGAACUACAACAUCUACUAUAGUAUCAACAACGUCAACUACAUCCCCAAAACCACCUUUAAUUAUAAAUUCCUCUCCUCUAUUUACAACAACAAGUAUAACAACUUCUUCUCCAUGGCAAACCACAACUACAGAGGCUGUUUCUACGAGGAGGAUUUAUAAUUUGAGACCGAGAAGGCCCACUACUCCUAAACCGGAUCCUCGGAUUGUUACAAGUCCUCAGAUUGUUACAAGUGUUCCUCCAUAUAGCGCAACAAAUUCAGAUGUAACAUCAAGUAAACCGAGAUCAAGUGCAACAACACGAAGUACUUCAACCACGGAAUUUACAACUGCUCGGCUGCAAAGCUUUACAACUACAAUGUCAUCAAAAGUGACCAUUGCACAACAAGAACCAACAAUGAAAUUCACCGCCCAAAAAGAAAGAGUUACAGAAAAGUCCGUCAUUGAAUCAGAAGCCCAUGCUUCCAAAACUGAGUCUGUUUCAAAUGCGGGUGCUCCAGUGGUUACGAUUGUGUCUGUUAUUAUCGUAAUCCUUAUUUGUGUAAUCAUCGGAGCGCUAUUUUUUGUAAAACGAUGGAAAGCUCAAAAGCUUUCAAAACUUGAUGAUGACUCAGAAAUGAAAUUUUUAUCAGAAAAUGAAGUGGUGGAAUAUUCUGACUCAUCGGCACUGGACAGGAUAAAUUUCAAUCCUUAGAUAAAAAAAAAGUAUAUUAUGAUAGUAAAGACAUUAGGAUCAUAAUUUAAUGUAAUUAAAUUUACUAACAAUAAACAAAUUGCAAUGACAGAAAUAACUAUGACAUCAUUUUAAUUUAAUGAAUGUAUAAAACUACCAAUGCUCAUACUUUUCAAACCAACUAUUUUGACGAUGUGAUUCUUUGUGAUUUGUAUAAAAGGAAUCAAAUGGCCCAUUAUUUGAACUGAAUUUAUGAUAUCUGAUGAAAUUCGGAAUCUUAUGAGUACUUCAGAUUGUUUCUCCAUGUUAUUUUGUUAAUUUUCAAAAAAAAAAAAUUAAAAUGAAAGUGUCAUAUAAAUUUGUUAUUUUUAAUUACAAAAUUACAAAUGCCAGUUUUGUAAAUAUUUCCAAGUAGUGUUUCAUUUUUG